AUGUCGCGCCAACAAGACCAAGAUCGUAACAUGACCGCAUCCCAGCAGAACGAAGUCUCCGUUCCAGACGCAACCUCGCCCAACAACGCCGUUAAGAAAGUUGCUGCAUCCGAAGAUCGCGGCUAUGACUACAAAGGCUAUCCAAGACCCGGUGACAAUGAUCACUUUCCGAUGUACCCCGGCAUCAAUCACAACUCCAACGAAAACCUUGAGAGAAUGUUCAAGGCCAACUACCUUGAGAUGAUGGAGAACUUUAACGAAGGCAAGAGGGAGGUCGCAGAGGCUAUGGCGCAAGAACUGUUGGGCUGGCGAAAACUUCCCACCCUUCACCGCACAUAUUCGCAUAUUGUGCUCGCAUACGGAGCUCAGGACGGCCUCUUGCAUGCUCAAAAGGCUGUUGAAGAGGCUGAGCGUGCUCUCCUGCGCUUUGGCGAUGCGGGCAUUGGUGAGAAGGUGCUGGCGCAUGCCAAAGAGACACUCGAAGCUGUCCAGAAGGCUCACGGCGAUAAGGUCGAACAAGAAGCUGAUAGCGAGAGCAAGGCCAAGUAA